UCAGCGAGCAUUACAAAAAACCCCACCAGCAACCACCACCACCGCCAUCAUCAUCAUCAUUACCACCACAACCACCAUCAUCAUCAUCAUCGCCACCACCACCACCACUUUCUCUGGUGCAUCUGCGCAAUGCAAGCAUCGAGGCAGCGCCGUAUCGCUCAACGAUCCCUCGACUCCACUGAGCGCCGCGUUGACUCCGGGAGUUCAGUGCGCACCAUCGGAGCUGCCAUGAUGGAAAGGAAAAUUGAACGUAUCGUUCACAACAGGAACAGCGCUGGACGCGACUUGCAGCGAACCCGAGACGUCUCCGCAAGGCAGCAGCAAGUGGUGAGCCAAAUCGACACGCUGACGGGCAGCCUGAAUCUGGACGAAGAGACGGACGAGUCCAAGUGCAGCACCCUCACCAGCUCCUCGAGUGGAGCCACGGGCUCCAGCGGAGGAGCCACGGUACAUAGGCUGAGCCGCUUCAGCACCACGGUCAGCGCCUUCAGCAGCAGCAGCUGCAGCAGCAGCAGCACGGUGCUGACCGUGCUGCGCCGGGCAAAGCCGCCCGUGCCGCCCCCCAGGACCACGCCCGUGUCGGUGUCGUCAUUGUCAUCGUCGUCGUCCUCCUCCUCGUAUCGAGGAGAGGUGGUCGCGGGGCAGGCCCAACACGCUUGCCUCCUCGUCAACGGGAGUCUGGUUCGCGUGCAGCAGCAGCAGCAGCAUCAGCGGCAGCAGCAUCUGCAGCAGGUGCAGCAGGUGCAAAUGCCCGGCGGGUCUGGACAAGGGGUCACGGUGCCCAACGGAGAUGCCGCUGCAGCUUCCGGCGCCAGCGGCACGUCGGAGGUGGCACGGAGGCUGCAGAAGUGCUCGCAGGUGCACCGGGUGAGCGUCACCAAAGAGGGCGAGGUGCAGAGCUCCGCGUCCAAGGAGCGCGUGAGGUUCAGCGACAUGGUGCAGUACCACGGCUUCGUCUACGACUCGGACCGCUCGGAGCAUCGCGUGCAGCAGCGCAUGCGCGUGCAGGAGACUCGGAGCGUCGCCGCGGCAGUGCAGCACAGACAUCAGUGUCCUGGGGGGGUGGUGCCCCUGGGCGGGACGGCCCCCUCCUCCGUGACCCUGGUCAGCAGCAGCAGCAGCAGCGUGUUCUACCGUGCCAGCGAAAGCGUUGUUCGCUCCAGGGACGAUGCGAAGCCACCGCCUAAAGCGAUCCUCCGCAAGUCGAGGAACACCACCGUCUAAAGGCGUCGGGGGGAGUUGAGCGGUUGUCGCGUACUCAGGGAUAUAUAUAUCGUCAACAGAGACUGUGACGGACUGCUGGCUCCGAUACCGACGGAUGUUAACACGUGGGAAUGAUGACAUUUGCUCUUGUGCACCUUAAAAAAAAAAACCAAACAGGACUGAUGACGCUGCGUCAAUUAAUGCGAGUCGAGUAUAUUCAAUAAAUCAUAUAUAUAUAAAAACAUUGACAUUAAUAAAGGUGACCCGUGACUCCCCACCCCCCCUCCCCGACAUCCCCGUUUUAAAUAAACGAACCCUCCCCCACAUUCUUUGAUCCUCCAAAGUUCCCAUGCCAUGCAUGGUUGAUUGCGAGUCGAAAGCGGGAUGGCGUGCCGCUGUAAUUGACGUGAAAGCCAUUUGGCAGCACGGGACACGGUAGGAAAGAGUUAUUCAGUCGACAUGCAGCCACUUCGUAUCGUGACCUUCCGAUCCCGCGUCACCUUCGCGGUUGUUUGUUGUUGUUGUUGUUUUAACCCCAUUUUUACAUUCGAGUGUAUCAUCAUUGUGAUGUGUUCAGCCUUUCUAAAUAAAUGCACUACAAGUUUCAAUUAUCUCUUUGAAGGAAAAUAACAGAAAUAAGCGUACUUGCACACACAGAGGCAUCGUGGGUAUUGUGACAUCCUACACUCGCUUUUGAAAACAAAAUGUACUUUAAAUAGGCUACUUAAAUAAAAACACACCCAUAUGAAUAAUUAUCUCAAUGUCACUGUUAGGGGUUGCACUGAUGCAUUGAUUAAUGGAUUAAAAUCGAUUCUCUAAGCUAACGAUACAUGCAUCAAGUCACUUUCAUUAUAAUAUAUAGUUUGAUUCAUGCAUGUAAUAAUAAAUAAGACAUUUGAAUUAUCCUUAUAUAUUCUCUGUAAUAGAGUUACAUGACCCACUGCAGCCACUAAAGGUUGCUACUUUCAUCACAAAGUAAAACCUAGAAAAAUAAUUGAUAAGACGUACGUAGGUGGUUCACGGGUCAGACCACUGAACUGGCACCGCUGAGAUCCUGGAUUUGAAUCUCAGCAGCCACCUGUGAUUGUAAGUGUAGUGUCGGUUUAUGGUCUCAGCAUGAAAUAUGGUUCUGCACUUAAAUUGGAUACAAUUUCAGCUCUGAGAAUAAAAAUACUGCAUCGGGUUGACUUCCAUCCACGCAGGGUAGGUGAGGAAAGUGCUGCCCCCUACUGUGGUGACCAGAGUUCACUUAAAAAAGGGGAUUUCAGAAGCGGUUCAGCAAUAUCAGUUUUUUUUUUUUUUCCCGUGGGCUGUUCGCGAGCUGUGUAAGUUUGCACUGCUGUGCGAGAGAUCCAAAUGAAAUCUUCACGGCAUGACCUGAUACCGAUAGCACAAUUUGGAUAAGACAAAAUAAUUGAUUCUUGAAUUUAAUUCUGUAUUCAAUUGUUGAAUCGAAUUUCUUACCCUUGAAAUUUGGCCAUUGAAUCUUUGGGCAAUUGCGAGUGGCGGAGGGUAUCGGCUGGUGAAUCACUGCACCCAAGGCUGUUGUGGUGCAGCUGUUUGACCCAGUGGGAAGUCUAGGUGUGCUGGGUAUGGGCGAAUGGUAACAUUACUCACAAAAUAAUAACAGUGCCUGGGACAGCAUUCACCUUCCUUGUAGACAUAACGGGUGUAACUUCCUCAAUAACACUAUCACAUAUUGUUUUCGCAGCUGUGUUUGGGUGGCUAUCGGAUGUCUUUUCAGGUUGAACAACACCUAAAUAGUUAAUCUAAGAGAGAGCUAAACAGUAUUUGGAUCAUUGGGUGUUUUCACUUUCUACCUAGCAACUUCAACUUGGGAUCCACCAUUGCUACUUGAGUACGAGUCAUUUUUAUAUAAAUUCACGAUGCUGUAUAAAAAACAUUCUAGUGACACGAGAGUCAAUAUUUUAACAGGAAUGCUAGUCUACGGGCACCGUUUCUGUUUUAUUUAUAUAGCAUUCCAGUGUGUGCUAUUUACAAGGGAUAAUUUGGACCAUUUUCAAGCUCACCAUACUCUGCGUGUAGACGCUACACUUGAUUGCAACUCCCCACCACUGCCUUCCCACGAUGAGCUCCAGGGUUAUUAUUACCACAAUCUCAUAAUUCUAUAUCACAUAUAUUCCAUUUUUGUGUAAUAGUCCACUCUUUCAUACCUAAUCUGAAUCAAAUAUUCUGAUGGCCGGUCGGCUUAUCUUGUUCCCUGCUUCAGCAGAUCAUUUAAAAUCUAAAUUAAUUUUGUCACAUCCAUUGUUGAGAGCUGCAUUCAGUGAAGGCACACAUGCACGCACGGACACGCACACGGGGCUGCACUUCCAAGGGCGAUAUGAGUGGCUCAAUGCUAUUAGCUCUCGAGCCAUUGACCCAAAAAAAAAUAUCAGUGACAAAUGCUAACUAUAUAUGUAUAAUUUUGUAUUCAUAAUUUGUUACUUUUGGGUUAAACCGUGGAGGUAUCGUGCCAAUGUUUGUUUACUAUAACCUUCCACCUCCCGACAAAAGCAAAUCAAGUUGUCACGUCGGCACAUGCAAAUUUAUUUGGUUUAUUAGCAAAAACAGACUCUUAAAAUGCAAGCUGGAGAUUGCAUCCAGAAUCAUCAGGUUGUUUAACAGGAGCUCAGAUGUGGAGUGAAAGCGCUUCCUAAUCAAAUUCCUUAAGUAGAUGCCAUGACGUCAUCGGCACAUUCAUGCACGUGAUGGGGAUUAAUGUCCUAAACUCUUAACUAGAAUUACAAUACCAUUAAGAUGCCACCUUCAGUACGAACAUAAUACCCCUUAACAUUAUUAAGGAUAGCCUAUUUUCACCAACCGCCAUAUAGAUUAACUUCAUUACACUAAUGUAACAUGCCAAUCACAAUCACAUGGCAAUCAACUGUAAUUAUUAAACUAGAUCACCUGCAUGAAUGUUGCCAUGACAUUGCAGUAUCUAAUUAAGGACCAGGAUCAGGAAGUGCUUUCACAAGAGAUCUGAGCUCUUGUUAACAACCUGAUGAUGCUGGAAGUAAUCUUCAGCAAAACGCUGGAGAUAAAAUUAGACAAAUUUUGUUUGCUUCUUAGCAUUCCGGCUUUUGCUAAUAACAAAAUAAAUUUGCAUAUGCACAAACGUGAUAACUACAUUUUAUUGGCGCUGUCGGGUGGUGGAGGGUUACAGGUAAAAAUAGCAUUACAUCUCCACGAUCUAACCCGAAAGAAACCAAUUAUCAAUCAUAAAAUUUGCCGUGAAAACCUACGUACAAAACGUAUAUAUUUGUUUUGUAUUUUAUUCCUGAACUCCAAAUGAUUUAUGAUCGCAAAAUAACCAAGGUAGCGUUUAAAAAAAAGAUUAUUAAAGAAGGGUACCAUGGUACGCUUGAUAGAGAAUAUAAUAUUAGUUAAAAACUAAGAAAUAUCUACGUGAAUAUGAAAAUAACAAUUGCAUGUUUCCAUGAAACAAAAACAGUACAUAUGCUAAGAUUUCUGCCCUGAGGACAUACUGCUCUGGAUGAAUAUUUAAAGCAUUUGCCACCUCAAGUGGCACCAGCCAAGCCCUCUUAGCGCAUUGGGCGAUAUGACCAGCAUUGGAAUGUGCAGUCUUGGCAUUUCCAGAAACACUGCCAUUAAUUAAAUGACGUCCACUGUUCCCCGACACUCGUGCUCCAUUUCGUUUUUCGGAGUACGAUUAUUUCCGAGGGGGGUUCAAAGUUCACGUCGCGCUUGAGGAUAAUUGACAAAUGCCUUUUGUCUGCACGCUGGAUGCACUCGAUAAUUUUAAUAAAUGACACGUAUUAAUAUUAAUGGACACUCUUGUGAAACUGUUCUUAAGCCUGAAAGGUUACUAUUUUAUUCAAAUGCGUUGUCACACGUUCCCACUCGGGUAGUGUGGGAACAAUAAAUAAAGUACUUUGCGCAAGUUGUAUUCCCCAAAUCAAACAAGGGAUGGCAGUUCACAAAAGUCAACGGCUGUCAAGGUGGACACGAAUUUCCCCGUGAAAAUGCAUCCUGUGGACACGUUGUUAGCGCCCGCAUUAACAAUGCGGUUGGAUGCCCUCAUAUUAAAAUCGGAAGAGAGAAACAUUAUUCAGAAACAUUGCAUAUUCAACCUCACAUUCAACACCCUGCAAUUAUAUUUAAUACACACGAUGAACGUGUAUAAUGAUAAGGAGGAGGACAUAUAUACAUAAAUAAACUAUAUUUAUAUGAACAUAUAUUCAGCAUCGAAGAACACUGUUUACCUACAACAGAAACACGUUGCGUCUGCCCACAUCUGUACAUGUCGUAUUCGCUACGUAUGUUUACAAACCACGCUUAAGCCUUUUGGUAAACACUUGCAACCCGGGAUACAGCUCAAUGAGAAUCGCCUUUUCCUUCUUAGCGACGUGCGGGCCCCCGAAGUUAAAAUCCGCUGAGACUCGACGGCUCUAAAAACAAUAAUUAUUGUUUUCAUUUUCGAAUGCACCAGAGGGGCGCACGAGGCUAUUGUAAUGGUAUCGAUGUUCAACGGCGCAGUGGUGCAAAGGUUUGCCGGAAGGAGGAGGAACACAAAAUUAAGAUCGCUCCAUCUAAGACGCGGCUUCAAUACGUGCGCAUUUACAUUGCUCGCUCGCUGGCUCACUGCUUGGUGUAAAAUGUUUUGUUGUUGUUGUUGUUGAUCCGAGGGUUCAGGCACCCGUUUGUCGCCGCCACGUUGCUGCUCGUCUGCCCUUGCACGCCACUGUGGAAUUCCAGCCAAUGUGCGCUUAAUAAAAGUCAAAAGUUCCAUUUG